AUGCUGCAGUUCCUCACCAACUCGGACAACAAUCUCGUCGUCGGGGCUGGCGUGGCCCUGGCAGCUGUCCUCGCCGUCAAGUACAUGAAUGUGCGUGCCGAAGCGGCCCAUCAGCGUGCGUACGAGGCGGCCCGAGCCCGGCAAGAGGUGCUCAAGGCGGAGCGCGAGAAGCCCAUCAAGCGCCGGUUCUUCUCGCCCGAGGAGCUCUUGCCUUUCAACGGCGAGAACGACCAGCCCAUUUACAUUGCGGUGCUGGACGAAGUGUACGACGUGAGUCGCAAGCGCGACUUCUACGGCCCUGGCGAGGCGUACCACCUCUUUGCGGGUCGAGACGCCUCGCGCGCGCUCGCCAAGAUGUCGUUCGAGAAGGAAGAUCUCGACAGUGACGACCUCUCGGACUUGAGCUUCAUGGACAAGGAGACGCUCGAGGACUGGGUCAAUAAGUUCUCGGUCUACAACGGCUACCCGAACGUAGGACGCGUGCUGCGACGGCGCGACUUGACGCUCGAGGAGCUCAAGCAGUUCAACGGCGUGGACAAUCCGCGGAAAACCGUUUACGUGGCUCUGAACGGCAGCAUCUACGACGUGACGCUGGACGGACUCGACCAUUAUGGCCCAGAAGGAGGCUACAAGCAGUUUGCUGGACGAGACUGCUCGCGAUCGCUCGCGUGCAUGUCGUUCCUGGACGAGUAUCUGGACGACCCGACGCUGGAUGGGAUCACAGAGCAGCAACGAGAGACGCUGCAGAAGUGGGAAGACAAGUUCAAGGAGAAGUACCCUGUUGUGGGGACGAUCAUCCAGUAG